AUGACUUCAGUUGCACGGCAAGACCCUCAAAAGAAGAGCAAACAGAAGUCUGGUAGUGUCUCUGAGAUAAUUAUUGCUGGUGAGGGCAUAAGCUCCUCUCCAAAGGUUGAGAAGGACCUCACCUUGCAACAGGAGAAAUCUCAAACAGUCCAGCUGGUUGCUGCCAAAGGGACACAGCCUAGUCUGAAGAGAGAACUAAGCUCUUUGUUUCAGGAGAAGUUUCAGGCUGUAAAAAGGCUAAAAUCCUCUCCCUCUUCUCCUGAAAUAGCCACUGCCUCUCCCUCAGUGAGAGAUCUCUCAGCUGUGCUUGAAGAAAUCCAGGUUAUCAAGGGGACGUUGCAGGUACUUUCAGAUUCAUCAAUGGAAAUUAAAGCCAAGCUCUCCAAGGUACACAGUGAAAUCUCACAGAUCAACACACUGAUGGAGAAAAAUGAAUCAGGAAUCAGCCAAAUUGGAGACCAAGUAAAGAUGCAAGUCAAUAAAUGGGAGGCCAGCUCGCCAGAUAUGAAAACACAGCUCUGUAUUGCAGACAAACAGGAUCUCACCCUACAGCAGGAGCAGCAGAGGUCUGUAACGCAGGAGCCUGGUGCUGCUUCAGGAGAAGUGGUGGAGCAACACAUUGUCCAGAAGCAAUGGGACCUCAUUCUUUGGCAAGGGAAGAGGAAACCUGAAACAGCAGGGCCCCUGAUAACAGGAGACUGGACAAGCUCUCAAACUCAACAGGACUCCUCCCCACUACCGCAGGAGGAAGGCAAUGGUCAUAGCGGCAAAGAGCAUACUAGUUUGGUCUCACUUACUGACCUGGUGCUGACAACUGUAGCCAGUCUGAAGGACUCUGACCACGCCAAUGAAGCAGCCACGACAACACUGGCUGCAAUUCUGGAGGACCACGGGGCUGAGAUGAAGGAGAAGGUGUCAGACAUUGUGGAUGGCAUCUAUCUCCAGAUAAACAACGUCCGAGGCAGUGCCAGGCGGGCAGCUCUCAGGGUGGUGUGUUCAUUGGCUGAGGAGUACUCAGAGGAAGUGGUCUCAAGCCUUCUGAGACACUCGCUCCCAUGUGACAGCAAUGCUGCUGAGAUGUGGAAGGGCCUGUGCAGAAACCUAGAAAUCAAUGCUAAAGUUAUGUGGCAGCUGCUCAGAGAGCUGAAACAGAGACCCCGACUCCGGAACAGCAGCAGCUCUGGUGAUGGAGCCUCCCUCACUCCACUGGCUGCAACCAGAGCCCUGUGUGAGAUGCUUACUAUCUAUGUGUGCAUUGGGGCAAUGCGGGGUUUCUACCCCCAGCUAUUCCUAGCUCUGCUGACUCAAGUUCACUACCUGGUGAGCCUGCCAGGCUACACUGAGGUCACCAGAAGGGAGUGCGGCCAGCAGAACAGGCUCACGACGCCAGCAUGUGAGGUAAUUAUGGAAAAAAGCAGAUGUUUAGGAGGCAAUAACCACAUGGGUGGUUCCUUGUGCUGCGCAGUGGAAGCUCUGAAGGUCCUGCUGAUCCGAGAUAGAAAAGAAAUUGUGUUGCCAUGGUUGGAGAAAGUGGGAGGCUGGGACCUUCUCUCAACUGCUGAGGGUUACCUGGAAGGGGUCCUUCUGCUGGCUAGAGCCAUGGUUACACAUGCAAGCCACCAUCUCUCUGGGCUUCUUGCCAAUACCUUCCCAAAUCUCCGCACUGAGGAUGAAGAGAAAACUUUGACAGCCAUGGCUUUCUUCACUGGGCUUCUCCGUAGCAAAUCUGUGAUCAAGCUAUUGCCAAAACGAACUAUUCUGGGUAGGCUGGAAGAGUGGCAGAUAGAUCCGAGACCCACUGUCCGUUGGCUAAGUCUGCAUGGGCUUGGAAACAUGGCACUUCACCAGCAGAAGGUAAAACAGCUCCAGGCUCUCCUUCCUGCCAUCCUGGUGGGUUUGAAUGAGACACACGAGAGGCUUGUUGAGGAGGCCAUCACUGCUUUGGGAAGCAUUCUCAGACACCACAGGGACAGGGUGAACAUCAGCUCCAUCUGUGUUCGGAUUGCGAAGACACUUCGGCCCUUCCUGGAUGACCCCAGAAACAAGGUGCGUUCUUCUGCCAUUGGCCUGUUUGGGACCCUAUUAAGAGGUUUGAACCUAAAGUCUAAAUCCAUCAUGCAGGAGCAAGUCCUCAGCAGCUUGGUGCCGUUGCUCCUCCUUUUGCAUGACCAGGACUGGGAGGUGGUUGAGAGCUGUGAGUGGACUUUAGCCCGAUGUAAUGACUUCAUGGGAUGGAAAUUGCUGGAGGAGAUAUUCACCAUGGCCCAUUAUGACAAUCAGCAGGCCUUGUGCAAUGUCUGCAAGCACUUGGUUCAGCGAUACUCAGGGAGAGUCCAUGAAUUCCUGUUCCAGAGCCAGCACUAUCUGAAGAAUGGCCAGGCUCCGGUGAGGAGGGCAGCCAGUAUGUUCACAGGGUUCAUUGUUCAUCACAUGGAUGCCAGCUGCAUGAAUGGAGGAGAUAUGUCUUCACUGCUCAAUGCUCUCAGUGAUUCGCUGCUUGAUCCUGAGCCCUCAGUCUGCAGUGUUGCCUCUGUCUCUAUCCAGCAAGUGAAGCAAGUCUCUGAGAAUCUGGCUGUGACAAGUGUCCUGAUCUCACUGAGGAGGCUAUUCUGCUGCGUGACCAGCCAGAACAGAGAGAAACCUCUGUAUGAGGAGCCCUUUAAAAGAAAGAGAUGGCUGGAACUUCAAGAUUCAAAGACUGUGUGA